AUGGGUUUUUGGACGAUACUUUUAUUAUUACUUGCAACGGUGCUAAGCUCAUAUUUGGCUGAAGGGAAAUUUGUGGAUCAUAAGCCAAUCAGGGAUAGAGUUGCUGAACUUAAUGGAAGUAGCUCCAUAAGUCAGAUGUCGCAUGCAUUAGCAAUUCGGGUUCCAGAUGCCAAUGCAAGGAACAGUACAACUUCUGCUAGUGAAGUCAUGGUGAAUAUUGAAACUGCUGGAAAAAAUAGGGGUCAAGGAGGUGGAUGUGGCAGUGGUGGUGGAGGAGGAGGAGGCGCAGGAAGAAGUGGAGGGGGAGGAGGAGGAGGUGGCGGAGGAGGAAGUGGAGGGGGCGGUGGAGGAGGAGGAGGCGCAGGAGGAAGUGGAGGUGGAGGAGGAGGAGGUGGCGGGGGAGGAAGUGGAGGGGGCGGUAGAGGUGGAGGAGGAAAGGGAAGUGGAGGAGGAGGAGGUGGUGGCAGUGGUGGAGGAAAUGGAAGAAGUAGAGGGCAUGAGAGAAGACGUGGCAAAGGAAGUGGUGGAAGUAAGGGAAGAGCUGGGGGUGGUGUGGGCGGAGGAGGAGGUGGAAGAGGAGGCGGUGGAGGCGGCGGAGGCGGAAGCGGAGGCAAAGGCGGUGGGGGUGGUGGGGGAGGAGGUGGAGGUGGAGGUGGAGGUGGAGGUGGAGGUGGUGGUGGCGGUGGCCGAGGUGGAGGCUGGGGUUGGGGUUGGGGAGGAGGAAGUGGAGGUGGCAGCGGAGGAGGAGGAGGAGGAGGAGGAGGAGGAGGAGCUGGUGGUGGUGGAGGAAACCAGGGCAAUUGCUGGGGAUGGGAAUGUUGGGAUCAUCCUCCGCCAGGCAACUAA